UGGACGUAGCUACAGUACUUUCAGCAAUAAAUCUCUUCAAAUGCUUGGGAGCAUGACUUCUCUUGAGUCUUUAUCAAUUUCCAAUUGUAACCUCAAGAACACGUUAUUAAUCAAGAUUUGCCAACUGUAACGGAUUUCACUGCUCUCAACUUUACUCAAAACAUUGGAUCCUUGACUUCUCUCACGCAUUUAUCAUUAUCCAGUUGUAAUGUCACAGACUCAGUACUUGAGGAAGGAAUCUGCAACUUGGUAAAUCUCCGAGAGUUAUUUAUGGAAGACAAUGAUUUAGGGGGUACCUUGCCUUCGUGUCUUGCAAACUUGACUUCCCUUCAAGUAUUAGACAUCUCUUUAAAUCAUUUUACAGGAGACAUCUCCUCAUCCCCUCUUAAGAUGCUAACAUCCAUCCAAGAGUUAAGGCUUUCGGACAAUCAUUUCCAAAUCCCGAUCUCACUUGAACCAUUUUUUAACCAUUCACAACUCAAGAUCUUUUACGGUGAGAAUAAUGAGAUCUAUGGAGGAUUUGAGUCACAUUUCAUGACUCCAAAUUUUCAAUUAAAUUCCAUCGUAUUACCCACUUAUGGAUAUAGUGGUUCAUUUCCCAAAUUCCUCAGUGAUUCGUUCCCCAAAUUCCUCUACAGUCAGCAUGCCUUACAAGAAGUUGAUCUCUCAAACAUUAAUUUGACGGGAAAGUUUCCAGUUUGGUUGUUAAACAACAAUGCCAAGCUAGAAAAACUUUGUCUAGUUAACAAUUCUCUUUCAGGGCCUUUGCAAUUACCAAUUCAUCCUCACUUGUCUUUGGAAGAAUUAGAUAUAUCCAUCAAUUUCCUCCAUGGGCAUAUUCCAACGGAAAUUGGAGAUUAUCUACCAGUGCUAAAAACUUUAAACAUGUCUAGAAAUGCUUUAAAUGGUAGCAUUCCCUCUUCAUUUGGUGAUAUGAACUCAUUGGAAAGUUUGGAUAUGUCCAACAAUUUCUUGAUUGGAGGAAUUCCUCAUCAUUUGGCCAUGGGUUGUUUCUCACUACAAUUCCUUGUAUUGUCAAAUAAUAGCCUCCAAGGUGAAAUAUUCCCUGCAAAUUUUAACCUAAAAAACUUGUUAAAGUUGCAAUUGGAUGGCAAUAAUUUCACAGGAAAAGAUCCUGAUAGUUGUCUGAUUGCUCCUUGGAGGGUUGUAUAUAAGUGA